AUGGCUGCUUUGGCCACAUUAGCCUGUGCUGAUUUGCCGCCUAUACACCCUAAACAGUCAUCGGCAGGUCAGAGCUAUAGUCAACAGAGUUAUAGUCAAUCGCAAUCUCAUGCUCAAAUUGAAUCGAUCAAAGCUUCCGUGCCAGUAGCUAGCUUUUCUAUACAACAAACUCAGGGGCAAGAACAAAGCUUUGGUUCACAAAGCCAUUCAAAUGCUCAAGCUGCUGGAUCUUACAACUAUAAUGCUCCCGUUCAACAACAGCAGCAACAACAACAUUACUCUGCACCAGUUCAACAACAAUCGUACUCUGCUCCUGCACCAGUACAACAACAGUCGUACUCUGCUCCUGCACCAGUACAACAACAACAACAAUCAUACUCUUCUCCAGCUCAAUCUGAACGCUCUUAUUUGCCUCCUGCACCACAACAACAGUAUUCAGCUCCAGCUCCAGUACAGCAACAAAGCUACUCUGCUCCAGCUCCCAGCCCAGUUCAAUCUUACUCUGCUCCCGCCCCAGCUCCACAAUCAUACUCUGCUCCAGCCCCAGUACCACAACAAUCAUACUCUGCUCCUGCCCCAGCUCCCCACUACUCUGCUCCUGCCCCCGCACCUGUUCAACAACAAUACUCUGCUCCUGCCCCAGCUCCACAAUACUCCGCUCCUGCCCCAGCUCCAGUACAACAACAAUACUCUGCUCCUGCCCCAGCUCCUGUACAACAACAAUACUCUGCUCCUGCCCCAGCUCCAGUACAACAAAGCGUAGAAAGUGGUUCUUAUAACUAUCAACCUGCUGCUCCAGUACAACAACAAUACUCUGCCCCUGCACCAGUACAACAACAAUACUCUGCUCCUGCAUCAGUACAACAAACUGUCAGCACUUCCUCCGCUGCUGUAGCAACAGGUUCAUAUAACUAUCAAGCUCAAGGACAAGUACAGCAACAAUCAUACUCAGCUCCUGCCCCAGCUCCUGUACAACAACAAUACUCUGCUCCUGUCCCGGCUCCAGUACAACAAAGCGUAGAAAGUGGUUCUUAUAACUACCAACCUGCUGCUCAAGUACAACAAUCCUACUCUGCUCCAGCUCCCGUACAACAAUCCGUUUCUACAUCCGCUGCUCCUCAAAAUGUACAAUACUCUGUACCUGCCCCACAAAAGAUCAGUUUCCCCACAUCGGCCCCGGCUCCAGCUGCCCCAGCACCAACCCCUGAAAUUGGUACAGUCUAUGGCAAGAAUGGCGGUUAUGUCUACCGUAAAUUCUAAUUGAAGAAU